UUACCCUCCCAGUGGUCUGGCCAGAUAAGAGGUUUGGGGCGGGCAGUCUGCAUUUUUUUCAAGCUCUCAUUAUGCCACACCAGUAUCUCCAGAUGCUGUUUCCAGGGAACUAAGCUGCUUUCUAAUGUAAAACUGCAAAGAGCAAUGGAGAGUUUAGGCAAGGACCAUGCUUCUUUGGACUCUUCCCUGACACCCUCUGCAGACUGUGAGGAGUAUGCUGUGCCAGAUGUCAUCAUAACCCGUCGCUUGAGAGACCGGGAACUGCUCAGGAAAAGAAAAGCAGAAGCCCUGGAGAAAGAUUCAGCUCAGUGGGUUCUGAGAGACUAUAAGAAUGAACAGCAAAGGAGAGCCAGAAGAGCCAAAAGAGGACGGAGCCGUCAGACAGUGGUGAAGGAUGUCCUGGAGUCAGAGCCAGCAGUGGAGCCCCAGCCUGACCCACAGGAGAAGGCUGAGCCAGUGCCCUCGGAGCCAGCCCUGCCUGAGCCAGAGUGUCAGCAGCAGCCACCUCUGGUGACCAUCCAGAACAUGGUCGGUGGGAUGCAAGCAGUGGCAGUGGAAGGGGAGCUGGCAGACAGGAGCUUGGACCCUGCUGGUGAAGAGGAUGUGCUGAAGCCAGCAGAAGCAGAUGUACUAGAAGAGUUGAAUACUCCUCUGGAAAAUGACCACCAGGAAAAUGAAUACAUCCCACAUAUUCUGUAUUAACUUUCUGAUUGUUUUGGGGAUAUUUUUUACUUUGACCUUUGCCUCACUAACUAGAUAAGUAUGGCACAGUGAUUUUGAGCAGCUGCUUCCUUGGGAGUCAUAAAGCCCAUCCUCUCCUUGUCACUCUGCUUUCUAUGCUUCUUCCAGGCUAGAGAGGCAGCCCCUAGGGAGUUGCCUGUGGCUUAUGAGUCCCCUGCUCUCUCUGCAAACAGGCUGUUUUACUUGGGCCCAUGGAAGGCUUCACGGUGCUCUGCCACACUACAGUUCAGUCCUACAGUCCAGCAUCCACCUGUGUUCCUGAAAGUAAUUUCUUAUUUGUAUAAAUGUGAGUGGCAUUGCAACACCCACCGUGAUUUUUAGCUGGCUGGAGAAGCCCAGCUUGGGCUUUUUACUGCACCCCAUAAACCCCACCACCCUUUGCACUGUUAUUUUUAGUCUGAAAGUUUUUCUCGUAGCCUGUUUUCCUCUGCAAUAAACAUCUUGCUUUCCUAAA